AUGAAAGAUAUUGGCAAAAGUUUUGGAGAACUCGUUACGAUACUCUUUAUCAAUUCAUUCAGUAUUCUUUGUUUUGGUUGGCCUAAAGAUGAAUCGUUCGAUCCAGCAUCAGCGGGAACAAAUAGGAUAUCAAUAUUUCAUUCAUGUAUCAAAAAUCGUUUUAUUCUCGUCGAGUUACCAAAGAAAAACAUCAAUGUCGCAUUAAAUGGUGAUCAAUUUGGUGAUGAAAAUAUAAUUGUUGACGAUUCACCAUUUAAAUCUACAUUAAUUUAUGUCAAUUCAGAAGGCGUAUCUGUAGAUCUACUUCAGUUAUAUGGUGCUCAAACUCAUAUGGAUCGUUAUGUUACUCUUGUAAUGGAUAAGUUAUUUACAUUCGAAGAAAUAACAACCAUUACUAAAGAGGAAUUGUCACUUCUUAAAUAUGGUUCUAUCUAG